AUGCAUCUGUCACGGGAAUACAAGCUAUCCUAUUACCAGUACAGUCCUUCUGUAGGUGCAGCUGUUCUCUUCGCAGUCCUGUACUCGAUCACCUUUCUCCUAGCUGUAUUUCAAUGGAUCCGAUACAGAGCUUGGGUAUGGAUCACCAUGGUUAUCGCAGUGGCUAUGGAAGCAAUAGGCUUCAUUUCCCGCUCUAUAUCCGCCCAACACGUCUCUGAACGCGCCCCCUACGUACUGCAAUUCUCUCUUAUUAUCCUCGCACCCGUCCUGAUGGCAGCUUGCUGCUAUAUCCUGUUCGGCCGUAUCCUCUUUCACAUCGUCCCACCUGAAGCACGAACCUUUCAACUGUGCUGGGUUCCUCCUCGCUUUAUCACUCCGAUCUUCGUGGGCUUUGACAUUGUGGCCCUCCUGCUUCAGCUAGGCGGUGCAGUAUUGAUCACAUCAGCCGAUGGUACUAGCAGUGAUGCGAAGGACAAGUUCGACCGUGGUCGCAAUAUUGCACUGAUUGGCGUCAUAGUCCAGAUGAUCGCCUUUGGGCUAUUCUCCAUUGCUGCGUUUCGGUUCAACUUCACGUCGAAACGGUUCGCGAAGCCUGUCGGCGAGCAAUUCGAAAUGCUUGAGAGCAUUGGUGCAAGACCCGGUGGCCCGAGAAAGAGCGCCAACUGGAAUGCGCUGCUGAGAGUGGUGAACUUUUCUACUUUGAUGAUUCUUAUACGCUCGGUCUACCGUCUGGUUGAAUUCACCGAAGGCAAGAACGGAUAUAUCAAUCUACAUGAGUGGUGCCUGUAUGUCUUUGAUGCAUUGCCAAUCCUCCCAUGUGCGGCAUUGUUCGUCUACUGGCAUCCGGCGAAAUACCUCCCAUAUCUGGGAUUUCGGCUGCCAAAGCAUGCACGGUAG